AUGACAAGAAAAACGUUGAGAUUGCUCGACCUUCCGUGGGAAUUGAUAGAGGAGGAAAUCCUCUCUAGAGUUCCUCUGAGUCGAUUACGUUUUACUUGCAAGCGAUGGAAAGCUUUCACGUUGAAAAAUUUAAGGGUUUCCUCAGAGAGUAUAAAUCUCCAUGAAGUUCACAACAAUGCUCUAGAUCCAUCAACGUUGUUGAGCCUAAACGAGUUUCAUAAUCUUAAACAAGUAGAGAUAUGUAAAAUCUUUCACUGCGACGGGUUAUUGUUAUGCACCACCAGAGACGACUUUAGACUCGUGGUUUGGAACCCUUGUACUGGCCAAACCAGGUGGAUACAAGACAGUAAACGUUACGGGUAUUACUGUGAGUUUGCACUUGGAUACGAAAACAACAAGUCUUGUCAAAGCUACAAAAUCUUGAGGUACUUAUGCACUGAAUAUAAGCCUUCCUAUAUGGUUGUUGAGUAUGAAAUCUAUGAGUUUAGCUCUGAUUCGUGGAGGGAUCGUAAUCGUGUCUGUCCCUAUUUCCGUAUAGUCCCAAACAGCAGCGUGUCUUUGAAGGGGAAUACUUAUUGGCUUGCUCACAAUGUAGUAAAAGAAGGACAAAGCCUCAUAUCUUGUUUUGAUUUUUCAACAGAGAAAUUAUGGUCGAUGAAGAUUCCGAAUUCUGGUGCUGAUAGUUGGGCUAGAGCUCUCUCAGUUGUUGGAGAAGAACGACUCUCAGUAUUAUAUCAGAAGCGUAACCCACUAAAGAUUGAGAUAUGGAUGACAACAGAUGAUAAGAUUGAUAAUCAGACCAAAGUCUUGUGGUGGAGCAAGUUUUUAUAUGUGGAUAUAUAUGAGGAUACUCUUCAUCAAAGGAUAGCUUUCUUUGUCGAUGAGGAGAAGAAAGCGGCCGUGUUGUGCGAUCGGAAAUUCCUAUAUGGUCAGGAUAUGAGGGACACGGUAUACAUUGUUGGAGAGGACAAUCUGUGCAUAAAAAUCCCUCAAGGAGAAUAUAGAUCCCCAAUGAUACCUCUUAUUUUCAAUUAUGUUCCAAGCUUUGGUUCAAAUCCAGCAGCAGGGUAG